UUUAUUGUAAUUUUUAUUUAUAAAAAUGAAGAGAUCAUUUGUGGACAAAUUUAUUAUAUUAUUCAUAUACAACUACACAAGGUGUAGUUCCGUUUGCCACUGUAUAUAGAAUAGACAUUUGUUGUGUUGGAGUCAAGGUAAAAGCCAAGUGAAAGGAAAGGAAAGAAGGACCGCGUGGCACUUGCAGUCUUCUCUGGUGAGUCCGUUAGUCGUCUACCGGGUAAUUUCAAAAUGGCUGUGCUCGAUCGUUUCUCUUUGAUAUUUUACCUUGCGUUGUUCUUUGCGAGUUACCACGCGUGAAUUUUUCAAUUCCUGUUUAUGCAACGAAAUAGAACGAUCGAUAGGAGGACAGGAUGGAUUUAAGGACGUACAUCGUCGUAUUCUUUUCAAUUUUAUACUUCACUUUACUUCCAACAACGAUUGACGCACUUCGAAGAUGCGUUCAUUGCAGAUCAAGAGGAGAGCAAGGCUCCUGCAAGGAUCCAUUUACGAUGAAUUCGACGCAAAUUGAGUUAGAAAGAGGAGUAGACAUGGUACCCUGUGUAUCCGGUUGGUGCGGUAAAAUAAUCGAGAGUCAAAAUUUAAACAACGAAUACGGUACCGCCACGCAAAGACUCUGCUUUCAAAGAGGACCGGAUGACGGCGAAGAGAGAUGCGCCUACACUACGUGGAACUAUAGAAAAGUUUACAUGUGUCUUUGUUUAGGAGAUCUUUGCAACGGAGCGAUUAAUCCCAACACAUCUUAUUCGUUAUUGCCCUUAAUAUUAUGUCUUACCGUUAGAUGGAUCUUGUAAUUUUGUCAAGUUCGUCACGAAAAUCAACAUCACGACAUACGAAUAAAUCUAACGUUACGGAACAGGUAAUCUUGAGAAUGCUUUCAAUCAAAUAACAUCGAUGGAAUUAAAUCAUUUUCCCUUGUUUCGCAAUUGUUUAUUUUAUUUCUUCUUUACACUUGAAUUGUGAAUUAAACUGUUCCGUAAUUAAUGAGAUAUUAUUUGAAAUGUAAUACAAAUAUAAGAUGUAGACAACAAAUAAUAUGAACUACUCUUAUUAAAGAAGCCGCGCGUCAAACUAACAACAACAUAAAAAACAAAUAACAUAAUAUCACUGAUUUCUAAAAUAUUUCUAAUUUAUUUCAUUGUAAGUAUAUGACUAUGUGUUCAUCUAGAUUUUAUUAUAGAUUAAUAUCAUUUUAUUGUUAGUUUAAUUUAAGAUAAAAUGUGUCUCACAUGAGAUUGUGUCGUGAUGUUUGAAAAUUAAAUAUUGACUUUGAACGAUA